AAGAACAUCUCAAGGCACAGAGAGAGAGGACCAGAGAGAGGAAGAGAGAGGAGGAAAGAGAGCGAGAGAAGGGAGGAGAGCUCAGAGUAACAGACUCAUACUUUUGAGCAAAAGAGACAAAGAAAGAAAAAAGGUGUGUAGGAGAGGAACCAGAGUCCCAACACUACCCCACUGAACCUGACAACCAAGGGACAGUAGGACCAGGGGCUGUUAAAGGAUAUGUAACAACACACACAUUCUGGACAGUGGACAGUGAAACUACAGCUGCAGAGUCUCUGACAUGGAGGGAAUCUGGAUGCACUGAAGAUCUGCUGGUUCUAAAGACACCCCAGCUUCAACACAAUGACCUCUCUUCCCUUCUCCCCCCUUUCCACCUCCUCUCCCAACACCUCUUCACCCCUGUCCACCUCUUCCUUCCCCCUCUCUAAUGCCACCUAUCCCCUCUUUACUUCCUCCUCCUCUCCAAACCAGACCCUCUGUGAUCUAGAUGACGGUGCCCUGCGCCUCCCCCUGGUCUUCUUCUACUCCCUCUUCUUCCUCCUGGGUCUGGUAGGUAAUCUCCUGGCCCUGUGGGUCUUCGUCUUCCUCCACUCCAGGAGGAACUCUGUCCGGGUAUUCCUCAUCAACGUGGCCAUAGCUGACCUGGUGCUCCUGGCCUGCCUUCCCUUCAGAGUCCUCUACCAUGCUAAUGGCAACCGCUGGAUCCUCGGCCCCCUGGUCUGUAAAGUGGUGGGCAACCUGUUCUACAUGAACAUGUAUAUUAGUAUCACUCUGUUGGGGUUCAUUAGCCUGGAUAGGUAUGUGAAGCUGAAGGGACGCGGCGGGGCGGAGCGGGGCCUGGCCAGGAGGCUGAGAGGCGGUGGAUGGAGCUGGGUGGCGUGUGGGGCGCUCUGGGGGCUGUCCCUGGUGGCGGCCGUGCCCAUGAUCGCCAUGUCGGAGGGAAACGAGGAACGUGGGAAGUGUUUCCAGUAUAAGCAGCGGCGUGGGGCGAAGGGGAAGGCUUACUUCAACAUGGCUCUGGUACUGCUGUUCUGGGGGGUGUUCUGCCUGCUAGUGGUCUCCUAUGGGAAGAUAGCCAUGCGCCUCCUCAAGGUGUCCAGGGACAAACCGGACCUCCCCAACGCCCACCGCUAUGGUAGCACCGCCAGGAAGUCCUUCUUCGUGCUCUUCCUGUUCACCGUCUGCUUCGGGCCCUACCACGCCUUCCGUCCAUUCUACGUCCUCUCCCAGCUCAGCCAAUCCCCGUCCUGCGAUUACUUGCGCCUGGUGGACAGGACCAAUGAGGUCAUGUUGUUGUUCUCUGCCUUCAACGCCGUCCUGGACCCUGUGAUGUACUUCCUGUUGUCGGGCUCGGUGCGCAAGGCCGCUGUGAAAGCCCUCGGACAGAGCCUCGGCAACCGCCUCCACUUCCUUAACGACGGGACCUCCAACAGCUCGGUAUCAGAGUUCAGACGGACCUCUAUGUCCGUCACCUCCCCCAACACCGUCAUUAACCCCUCCCACGAGCCCAGGACCAGCCUCUGUCUGAUUAGCCCCACCCUCCGCCCUGGCGCAGCCAUAGUGGCAAAGCAGUGACUUUACAGACUUCAUUGUUAAACUUCAUGGACUUUAGCUCUAUUUACAUUAUAAUGUAUACCAUGUACUCAACAACUGAUGCAUGUGACAAGGGCCAACGCCUUGAACUAGACUCAGUUACCAAGAAUGGAGCUGACCAGAUGUCCUGAAUCAAAGUGAUUUACACUACCGUUAAAAAGUUCAGGGUCACUUAGAAAUGUCCACAUUUUUUGGUCCAUUAAAAUAACAUCAAAUUGAUCAGAAAUACAGUGUAGACAUUGUUAAUGUUCUAAAUGACUAUUGUAGCUGGAAAUGGCAGAUGGAAUAUCUACAUAGGCGUACAGAGGCCCAUUAUCAGCAAAACACCAGUCUCAACGCAAAACACCAGUCUCAGCGCAAAACCCCAGUCUCCACGCAAAACCCCAGUCUCCACGCAAAACACCAGUCUCCACCCAAAACACCAGUCUCCACCCAAAACACCAGUCUCCACCCAAAACACCAGUCUCCACCCAAAACACCAGUCUCCACGCAAAACACCAGUCUCCACGCAAAACACCAGUCUCCACGCAAAACACCAGUG